AUGUACCUGAGCACAGGUGGGCUUCGCGGGGUGGUGGUUUGCGCCUGCGCAGACGCUCCGCCCUUCAGUGCCGUUAUAAGGACUGGGUGGAGAGAGGAGGCUGUUCAGAAGACUGUAUCUGGACCGGCUGCUGGGACUGUGGUGGGGCAGAUGGAGGAUACAGAGAAAAGAAGGGAUACUGACGCCUCUAAAGGCGACAGAGUCACUUUGAAGAAAGAGAUCGGACUUUUGAGCGCAUGUGCCAUCAUUAUUGGAAACAUCAUCGGAUCAGGAAUCUUUAUCUCUCCCAAAGGAGUGUUGGAACAUGCCGGCUCCGUGGGGCUGUCGCUCAUCGUGUGGGUCCUGGGCGGAGGCAUCUGUGCCCUGGGGUCCCUGUGCUACGCUGAGCUGGGCGUCACCAUCCCCAAGUCUGGAGGGGACUACUCUUAUGUGACGGAGAUCUUUGGAGGCCUGGUGGGCUUCCUGUUGUUGUGGAGCGCCGUGUUGAUCAUGUACCCGACCACGCUGGCCGUCAUCGCACUCACCUUCUCCAAUUACGUCCUGCAGCCCGCCUUCCAGAACUGCCUGCCCCCGUUCAUCGCCACUCGGCUUCUGGCCACGAUCUGCAUCUUGUUCCUGACGUGGGUGAAUUGCUCCAGUGUGCGAUGGGCCACCAGGAUUCAAGAUGUUUUCACGGUGGGAAAACUGCUGGCUCUGUUUCUGAUCAUUGUGGUGGGACUGGUGCAGAUCUGCAGAGGUCACUAUGAUGCACUGAGACCAAGUGUGGCCUUUGAGUUCAAUGGGGAUCCGUCGGUUGGAGAGAUUGCGCUGGCUUUUCUCCAGGCCUCGUUCGCAUACAGCGGCUGGAACUUCCUCAACUACGUCACAGAGGAGGUGGUGGAGCCGCGCAAAAACUUGCCGCGAGCCAUCUACAUCUCCAUCCCACUGGUGACUCUGGUUUACACCAUGACAAACAUUGCAUAUUUCUCGUCCAUGUCGCCCGAGGAGCUGCUGGCCUCCAACGCUGUGGCUGUGACGUUUGGAGAAAAGCUGCUGGGCAUGUUUUCGUGGGUUAUGCCCAUUUCCGUCGCUUUGUCCACAUUUGGUGGAAUCAACGGAUACCUCUUCACCUCCUCCAGGUUGUGCUUCUCUGGUGCAAGAGAAGGACAUUUGCCGUAUCUUCUGGCCAUGAUCCAUCUGAAGAACUGCACCCCGAUACCGGCUCUGUUAGUGUGUUGUGCCGCCACCAUCUUGAUCCUGUGUAUCGGGGAAACUCACAACCUCAUCAACUAUGUGUCCUUCAUCAACUACCUGUCGUACGGAGUAACCAUCGCUGGCCUCCUCUACCUUCGAAAGACAAGACCCAAUUUACACCGUCCCAUCAGGGUGAGUGUGCUGGUCCCCAUGGCGUACCUUCUCUUCUGGGCCGUGCUGCUGUGCUUCAGUCUCUACUCGGAGCCAGUGGUGUGUGGCCUGGGCAUGGUCAUCAUGCUGACUGGUGUCCCGGUCUACUUCCUCGGAGUUCACUGGAAAAACAAACCAAAGUGGAUUUACAGAGCAGUCGAGAAAGUGACGUACGUGGGCCAAAAGAUCUGUUUUGUAGUAUUUCCUCAGGAAGACACAUCAGAGACUGAACCACUCACUUCCUCGAAAGGAGACUGA